AUGUCGACUCUUCCAUCUACCCAUUGUUGCCACACUUACUCGCCAUUGCCGCCUUCAUCUUCGUCUUCAUCUCCAUCGUCGUCGUCUUCAGUAUCGUAUUUACCUUCUUUUUCAUCUGCACACGGACGCCUGCAACGUAUCGCAGUGCCUUCCACUCCGAAACGUUUUGUUUCAGCUAAGGUUUCUCUGCAAUCUCAAUCCGUUUCAGAGAAAAAUGCUGUCCACAUGCAAGACGGCCCAGUGGCGCCAGUAGUGAACCCAAUUGAGAAUGAAACUCCUUUCGAGAAAUUGAAAGAUGGGUUAUUUUCAGCUCCAUCUUCCAGGGAAUCUAAAGACAUAACUGGGUUUAAUGUCAAUGAAAAUGACUCAACUGUCAGUAUCACUGUGGUUGGGGCUUCUGGGGACCUUGCUAAGAAGAAGAUAUUCCCUGCACUUUUCGCACUUUAUUACGAGGGUUGCCUCCCUGAGCAUUUUACUAUUUACGGUUAUGCUCGGAGUAAGAUGACUGAUGCGGAGCUCAGAGACACGGUUAGCAAGACGCUUACUUGCAGGAUUGACAAGAGGGAGAAUUGUGGCGAAAAAAUGGAGCAAUUUCUUCAAAGAUGUUUCUACCAUUCUGGUCAGUAUGAUUCACAGGAAGAUUUCGUGAAGCUGGACAAGAAACUAAAGGAACAUGAGGGGGGAAGAGUUCCUCAUCGCCUGUUCUAUCUAUCUAUCCCUCCAAACAUAUUCAUAGAUGCUGUUCGCUGUGCUAGCUUGUCAGCCUCAUCUGGUAACGGCUGGACCAGGGUUAUUGUUGAGAAACCCUUUGGUCGAGAUUCAGAAUCCUCUGCGGCUUUGACCAAGGCCCUCAAGCAGUACCUAGAAGAGGAUCAAAUAUUCAGGAUAGACCACUAUCUGGGCAAGGAGCUUGUGGAAAACCUUUCAGUUCUCCGCUUCUCCAACCUUAUUUUCGAACCCUUAUGGUCAAGGCAGUAUAUAAGAAAUGUACAGUUAAUUUUCUCUGAAGAUUUUGGCACUGAAGGACGUGGAGGGUACUUUGACAAUUAUGGGAUAAUAAGAGAUAUAAUGCAGAAUCACUUGCUUCAGAUACUGGCACUCUUUGCAAUGGAAACCCCUGUCAGUUUGGAUGCAGAAGAUAUCAGAAACGAGAAGGUUAAAGUUUUACGUUCUAUGAGGCCAUUGCAACUUGAAAAUGUGGUCACGGGGCAAUACAAGAGCCAUGUUAGAGGAGGUAUUACUUACCCAGCCUACACGGAUGACAAGACUGUACCCAAAGACAGCUUGACUCCAACAUUUGCUGCAGCUGCCCUCUUCAUAGACAAUGCAAGAUGGGAUGGGGUUCCUUUCCUCAUGAAGGCUGGGAAAGCAUUGCAUAAUAAGAGGGCUGAGAUAAGGGUACAGUUUCGUCAUGUGCCUGGAAAUUUGUAUAAUCGAAAUAUCGGAACAGAUCUUGAUCGAGCAACAAACGAGCUUGUUAUCCGAGUGCAGCCUGAUGAAGCUAUUUUGCUGAAGAUCAAUAACAAAGUCCCUGGUUUGGGAAUGAGGUUGGACAGGAGUAACCUAAAUCUUCACUACGCAGCCAGAUAUUCAAAGGAGAUUCCGGAUGCUUAUGAGAGGCUUCUGCUGGAUGCUAUUGAAGGGGAAAGGAGGCUAUUUAUUCGGAGUGAUGAACUUGAUGCUGCUUGGGCACUCUUCACACCCUUAUUGAAAGAGAUAGAAGAGAAGAAGAUUAUUCCCGAGUACUACCCUUACGGAAGUAGGGGUCCUGUUGGGGCACACUACCUUGCAGCAAGGUACAAAGUCCGGUGGGGUGAUGUUGGUGUGGAGCAGUGA